AUGUAUAUGCCUGAGUGGGAUGUGCCCGGUGCGACACCGAGGUACCCGCCAACAAGUUCUACUCGGUACAGCACACUUGAGUACAUGUACCCGCCUUAUAGAGAGUAUUCGCCAGUUGGACCGUUCGCUACCAACCCAAAUCCAAGUAUGCCAAGAGAAGACCAAGGACGUGAAGAGAACCCAGCGGAGCAGAGAGUGCCCGAGACCCAGCAGACUUUGAAGAUGAUACAAGACCUCUUAACUCACAUGAUCCAGCAUCAACAGCAACAGAACCAAGGAAACCAGCAAGCCGAGACUCCAUCAUCUAACUUCAUAAAGCUAGUUAUGAUGAUGAGAAACUUAGAAGUCCGAAAGUUCAAGGGAGAACAGAACAUGGUGUUUGCAGACAAGUGGAUAAGAGAACUGGAGAUGAAUUUCGAGACGUCAGGAUGUCCGAAGGAGUACAAGAAGGUGAUCACAAUCAAUUUUCUGGAGGAGGAUGCACGUGCAUGGUGGGAUAGUGUAGUUCCUCGUUACCACUACAUGACAAUAACUUGGGAGAUCUUCAAGAGGGAGUUCGAGCAGAAGUACUUUCCACUAGAGUCUCGCGAUAGAUUGGAGAACCAAUUCCUGCGUCUGGAGCAAGGAGAUAUGAGUGUCCGAGCUUAUGGACAGAUCUUCACCCAACUACGGAGGUAUUUGUACAAGGGGAACGACAACGAAGAAGCUAUGGCUCGUAGAUUUUUUUACGGGCUACGGCCAGAGAUAAAAGGAAGGUUGCAUGUUGUGACAUAUCGAAGUGUAGCUGAAGUGGAGGAGAGAGCAAUGAAUGUCAAAGAAGGAAUAGAGCUGGAGAAAGAAGUUAUGGCUCGAGAGAAGAAGAAAGAACCUGUGCAGCAGAGCAAUGUAGUGAAUAUCUGGAAGAUUAACCAGGUAGCUGGUCGGAACCGUGGUAGGGUCAACACGACUUCCAACCAAGGAGGAUGUGCAACAAGCAACUUUGAUCCGAGAGGAUGUUUCACGUGUGGUCAACUCGGACACUUUGCCCGAGCUUGUCCGACACUUUCUGAAGCGAAGAGUCCCAAUCUUGCGCUGAUNGCUAUUAUGACUUGUGUUUUCAAACGUUUUAUCGAGUCAAAAUGGUCGCAAAUAGACACCUUAGGAAUCCGGUUUGUUCACCACUUUAGGAUUAGAUGA